GCGCUACGUCACAACCGCGCGCCGUUCCCAAGCGUCCCCGCAAGGUCGCUCCGCGCGGGGCCGAGGGUGACCGGCCCGUGGUUCCGGGGUGCUGCUGCGCCCUUGUUGCUUUGCCUCCUCCCCGGAGCCCUCUCCCCCGCAACAACAUGACGGGGUACACCCCGGAUGAGAAGCUGCGGCUGCAGCAGCUGCGGGAGCUCAGAAGGCAAUGGCUGAAGGACCAGGAGCUGAGUCCCCGGGAGCCCGUGCUGCCCCCGCAGAAGGGGUGGCCCAUGGAGGAGUUCUGGAAGAACUUCGUGCGGAACGGGUCCAUCUGGAGGAGGAUGGUCUACAGCACAUACCAUAACACUGUGUUUGCUGUUACUCGUAUACUUAUACCUGCCUGGAUUAUUCAUUAUUACAUCAAAUAUCAUGUGUCUACAAGGCCAUAUGCCAUUGUUGAAAAGAAGCCCAGAAUAUUCCCAGGUGAUAGAAUUCUGGAGACUGGAGAAAUAAUUCCUCCAAUGAAAGAUUUUCCUGAUCAGCAUCACUGAAGAUUAUGUACAAUUUUCAAGGCUUAUAUAACGGCCCGUUUGUACUAUCUGUACUUACUGAAUAUAUUCCUGGAAAAGUAACUAAUAAAGAGUGCUCUCAGAAAAAUA